UUCGGCGCUCAGUCCCGGGCACGAGUGCGCGCGCCUCUCCACAGCCUCCUCAUCAUUACUCCCGGUCUGGAUGCUGGCAGAGACACAGCGCCAUGGCUGUGAACCUCAGCAAGAACAGGCUGUCUCUCCUCACAGCCUACCAGGACGUCAUCAGCGAGACAUCGGACACCGACUGGGCCUUAUACACAUAUGAAGGUGACAGCAAUGAUCUGACGCUGGCAGCAUCUGGAGAGGGUGGCCUGCAGGAGGUCUCGGCCACUUUCGACAGCAGCUGCAUCAUGUACGGCUUCUGUAGCCUGAAGGAACCCACUGCCACGCUGCCGCGCUACGUCCUCAUCAACUGGGUUGGUGAGGACGUCCCAGAUGCCAGGAAGUGCGCGUGUGCCAGCCACGUGGCCACCAUCGCAGAGUUCUUCCAGGUCAGUGCCACCAAGGGUGUGAGCGUCAUAAUCAACGCCAGCAGCGUGGACGACAUCGAUCCCGCAGCCAUCGGACAGAGGCUGACCAAUGGAACGGCCCCAGUGGCGAGCCCCGUGCUCAGUCGGCUGCGAACAAGGGAUGAGGAGCAGGCGGAGAACGUGGGCACCAGAUACCAGAAGACAAAUGCCGAGAUCGAAAUGAAGAAAAUCAACAGAGAGGAGUUCUGGGAGCAGGCCAAGCGCGAAGAAGAGAUGCGCAAGGAGGAGGAGCGCAAGAAGGCAGCCGAGGAGCGGGCGCGGUUCGAGGAGGAGCGCAUGGAGCUGGAGCGCAAGGAGCAGGAGGAGCGCGAGAGGCGGUACCGCGAGCGGGAACGGCAGAUCGAGGAGCACAGGAAGAAGAUGCAAGAGGAAGAGGAGGCCAGAGAGAGAUCCAGACAGCAGACCCUUACCACAGAGCCCAGUUACGAGGAUAGCGCUCAAGACAAGAGAGAGUCGGAAGUGGAGGAGGCGGCAGCCAUCAUCGCUCAACGCACCGACAACCCGCGGGAGUUCUUCAGACAGAAGGAGAAGGCCAUUUCCAGCGGACUCGAAAGCUCGCCCAUCUCCACCCACAGGACCGGCCGCUUGGACAGUCCAUUCUUGAAGCAGCAGCCUGUCGAGCCGAUCCCGCCCCCCACGCGCACCCUGCCGGUGUCGCCUGGUCCACCUCACUUCUGGUCACAGCCAGGGCCACCUGAUGACCUGACCGAAGGGAGCUCGGAGCGCAGAGCGGACACCCUCGGCCCCUCCACCAUCCCCACCAUUGUGACCACGCCCAUCCAGGAGGAGGACGACUAUCCCAAUGAGUGGGACCCCGAACCUGAGCCCGAGCAGCACGCCCCGAUUCAGGAGUCAACCCCCGCCAAGCCAACCCAAAGCGUGGCCCCCCAGGCUAGAGACAUGCCCUCCUCCCCAUCCCCGCCCGUCGCCGAGGCCCGCGAUCUCUCGCACUUUGACGCGCAGCCCGACGCCCCGCCCCAGCAGGAGACGGACAGCCUGCUAGACCUAUGGGAGUCAUCGGGCCCUGCCCCCGCCACUGCCCCCUCCCAGGCCACCCAAUUGAUGGACCUGAUGGGGGACCCCGUGGAGGCUUGCCCUGCGGACGUGAGCCCCGCCCUCCCGCAGCCCCUCCUCUGCUUCGACGAGCUGCCCGAGCCCCCCAGCUCCUUCUGUCAGGAGGACCCAUCCUGCAGAGUGGACCUGGCUGGACCUCAUGAGAUGACCCUCAGCUACCAGCACGCCCUGCUGCAGGCCUCCGGCUCGGACAGCCAGGAGCUGGAUGAUGGCCAGCUGCUCAUGACCAACGGAGAUGCUCUGCUCAAAGAGGGCACCCAGGCGAGCGAGGGCUACUUCAGCCAAUCGCAGGAGGAGGAGUUCGGCCAAUCAGAAGAGUGUUCGGCGAAGGUGACUCCGACGCCGGUGUUUUAUAACAAACCUCCAGAGAUUGACAUCACAUGCUGGGACACGGAUCCCGUACUGGAGGACGACGACUAACGGCGCGGCCGAGCGGAAGAGGGAGGUAGAAGAGACUCGUGUCGAAGAAACUAACUGUUUAAUAAUUAAUUAGUCUUGCAUUUAAACAAAGAAAAACAAAAUGUCAAAUGUUCAGAAAAGGAAGUGAACCGCUGAAAGGAGUUGGGUUAUUGUUAAAGAUGCAAAUGAGCUUGCGGGCUCCUCGAGAUGCCUCUCCGUAGUUUCCUCACGGGGAAGUCGGCAGGGGCUGUCGCUCAGCGGGCCGGUUGGCACCUCUUAGCCGGUGGAGCUUCCUGUCCCGCAGCGGGCCAGAACUCUGGACUCUCCUUUUUCACCGGUUCGGAGCAGAUCCCCUCGUGCGGCGUACACACCUGAAGGGUGAAGUGGCUUCUUUCGCACCCUAAAGACCCCAUUUCCCCUCCAUGGGAAAAAGCUGCCGCUAUUCCUUGUGCUGGAGGAAGAUCUGCGUGACGCUCCGCUGUUUGAUCACGAUUUUUCCAUAGCAUUCAGCCCGGGGUUCUAAAGGCCGAGCGCCUUUCUUCCGGCUCAGGAACUCAAGGGAGGGGGGAGAGGGGGCACGGCCUUCGGAGGAAGCGACGACUCUGCCGGUGCACGGAGACCCCGAGGUUUCACAAUCGUGGACCGUACGACACCCGGGAAGAACGGAGGGGAAGACGAGUUCGGCACCGCGUUGCUUCUCUAUUACGUGUGCAGUGAAACAUUGUAUCCUAGAUAUUGUGGCGUUGUAUCAGCGGCAGUAUCGCUAGUCGCCUAGUCGGGAUGUUCGGAGGAUACGUGCGCUUUUCCUGCAAUACUAUUCCAUGUGCGUUCCAGUGCGUAGAGUUUCGAGUAGAGAAGCCGCGUUCACGAUUCGCGAUUCGGCUUUCAUUCCUGUAGCUCUGUCUCGUCUCGAAGACCCGGACGGCGAGGGUUCGACUCGGGCGCCGCCACAUGAGUUUGGUUGGCUUUGGCUUGCGUUCACGUGUGGCUGGGCAUCGGUGGCACACUCGAGCAUUUACUGGAGCGGAUCCUGGGAAGAAAAGAAAGCAGGGCUUCCAGAAAGGCGCUACUUUUUCGCACAGAGCCCGUCUUCUUGCGAUCACGGAGCGACUCCCGCUAAAACUAAUAAAAGUAUCGUGUCGGACUGCAGUGUUAACGCUGCUGUCCUUUUCCGGUAUUACAGGCCAUAUUUUGACUCUUUCCGAGAGGUGACAUAGCAGUUAAUUUACCACGUUUUUCCCCAUCUGCAUCUGCUCUCAUAGUUUUACCUUCGCGCCAAUUUCUGUUCAAUGUCAACACAGGUGAAAAAGAUAAAAACCACUUGGCAGAAACUGUUAAGACUGCGGAAACUCAAGACUUUGUGUGUGAAAUGUGGGGAAAAAGAACAAGUCAAAAAAAAAAAAGAUGGACACGGACUCGUCGUCGAAAACGCAAAUGCGCCUUGCAGGUUUGCCAUCUUCCCAGACUGGUCGCGGCCCGCGAGAAGACGCGAACCUGGCGCAGCGCCUCGAGCGAGAGCCUGAAUGCAGAUGGGCCUUAGCAAGCAAUCAAUAGCAAGCAAUAAGACUAACCUAUGUAGUAUAGCAGUGUAAAUAACCGUGAUUCUAGGAAAACUAAUUAAGCGCUCAUAAUUAAUGCUGGUGUUAUUUAUAAUCGUAUCCUGGAAUUAUACAACCAGAGGUGUGCUGUCAGACUGAGUGAGAUAUUUUUUGAACUUUUUCAAGUGCAGAGAUUUUUUUUGGGAAUUAGUGACUUUCUGUGAUUUUCCUUUUUUUCGCCACGGAGUCCAGGGCCACGCCGUUCGAGUCGACCUGCAUCUUUAACAAUAACCCUCAGCCCACUUGUCUCCACCCUGAAACUCCACAGUAGUGUCUAUUACGCUCUGUCCCCGUCUCACUGCUAGGAGGCUCCCACCUGUCCCGUCCCACCUGUCCCACAGCGAGCCUUUCCAUAUCUUCCUUUCUUUUUUUUUUUUUCUAUCUCCUACCUUGGUUUCCGUCCGCUUCUCACCAGCUCCCUUUUUUGAAACAAGCACAAGACUUUUUUUGUGACAUGCUCUGUACUCAUGUAUGUUAAUAAAGACUUUAAAAAAAAAAAA